GAGACAAACCCUAAAUCUAGGAUCCCAUUAACGUCUAGACUGUCAACAAAUUCUCUCAAAUUGGCGGCAAAAAUCUGUUACAGUUGUUCCCCGUACCCAACAAUACCUAUUCUUUGUUCCGAUUCUUCCUCAUCUAAUACCUCAAUUCUCACACACAAGUACACAGUGUUUCUCUAUAAACUCAAACCAAACUCAAAUCGAUGCUGGUAAGAAGGCUGUGCACAUCUUUAGCCAAAUUCAACAACAACCCAUUUUUCCUCAGUCGAAAAUUCAUCAACCCUUUUGCUGAAUUCCCCUCGAGCCCAGCAUUCCUCACCUCCCCAAAAACUCUACAAUUCACCUCCCACAGGCCAGUUUUACCGGCCCGGUGCUUCUUUUCUGCAAAUUCACCAAUGGGUGAUGCUAGAAGACCUGCGGUAGUCCCCAUACCAUGCCCAGAAACUGCAGACCGGGCUGAGCUGUAUCGGGCUUUGGAGGCCUCAUUAGGAUCCCCAUUCAGCUCUGAGCCGCUGGUGCCUAAUCCUAAUCCUUUGGUGAUUGUGAUCAGUGGACCAAGUGGGGUUGGUAAAGAUGCAGUUAUCAAAAGGUUGAGGGAAGUUAGGGAAAGUAUACAUUUUGUUGUUACUGCAACGAGCCGGGCAAUGAGGCCUGGUGAAAUUGAUGGCAAAGAUUAUUUUUUUGUGAGUAAAGAGGAGUUCUUGAAAAUGAUUGCGCAAGACGAGCUAUUGGAAUAUGCGUUGGUGUAUGGUGAUUAUAAGGGUAUCCCAAAACAGCAGAUUAGGGAACAUAUGGCUAAAGGGAGUGAUAUUGUAUUGAGAGUCGAUAUACAAGGGGCCGCAACGUUGAGAAAUAUUUUGGGGAAGUCUGCUGUGUUCAUCUUCUUGGUUGCUGAGAGUGAGGAGGCAUUGGUGAAAAGGUUGAUUGAUAGGAAGACUGAGACUAAGGAGACCUUGCUUGUUAGAAUUGCCACGGCCAAGGAGGAAAUCAAGCAUUUGAGCAAUUUUGAUUAUGUGGUGGUGAAUAAGGAAGGGGAAUUGGAUGGAACGGUUAAGUUGGUUGAGUCAAUUAUUGAUGCAGAGAAGGCUAAAGUGAAUCAAAGGAAUAUAGUCAUUUAGUGCUGGAAUGGUCUUCUCAAUCGAUUAGGCGGCAAAUGGUAUCUGCUGAGUGGUGGUGUCGGAUUACUGUUUAAUGUAUAUUCUGACUGUUGUUGAUUGGUGACUUCAUGGAUACAUAGUUGCAGUAAUUUUUUCCCCUGUGCCACACCAUGAGAGCUGAAACAUGAGAAAGGUGGAUGGUUGCUGGUUAUUUGCUUAACACAUUCAAAGAAGUUUUUCUUUCCAAAAAAAAAUAAUAAUAAAUAUAAAGUGCUGUGAAAUUUUUUUUCUUUUUUCAUGCUGAACCACUGAUUAUGACAUUUGAAAGAAAAUUAUGCUCUCCCUUUGAUAAAACACAGAUCACCUCUCAGAACUAGUGCUGGUUUCUUGAAGUAGAAUGAAAGAAAAAGAAAACUGGCAAAAGACCGCCUUGAGAUUUCCUGAAUGGAAAAUUUUGGCUUGUGUCAGCAUGGAUGAUUUCUUAAAUCAACCAUCAUUCAUUUUACUUCUAAGUUUGAAAGUUUGGAGUGUUGUGGAUUGCUGAAGCUAAACCUGCAACUGAAAUACUUUCUCCUUCGAAUGAAACAGAUGGUGUGGCGAAAAUGUCUCGUCUUCUCUAUUAUCCAUUACUUCUUCUUGUUACUUGUAUCUUUAUCCAGCUCUACACUUCACAUUAUUAUUUGUCAUGAGGACUUGGAGGCAUUUACCAUGGUAAUGAUGUUGCUACGCCGCCACGCUCAUCUUUGAGAUAACUGCUGAAAGACCUGAGGUCGUUUGAGAAAAUCUUCAGGUUUAGGUUUUGAAUUGGAGGUGUUAUACAAGAAAUACUAUUGUAUUUUGUACAAGCAAGGGUAUAACUUGUUCUGAGAACUUGUGGAAUUUUGUGUUAUAAUUUUGCGUUAGUGUUUGAAUCGUGCGAGUGAAAAGCAGAAGAUGUGCAGAUGUUUCGCUGUUCCUUCAGAGUAAAUCAAGAACGUGUUGGAAGACUUUGGACCAAAGACUUUAUACAGGAAAAACCAGAGACUUGCUUAUUGUAGCUAAUCAAUCUUUAUGUAUCUUAUCGGGAAAAUCUUCAGCUUUGGGCUCAAACAUAUCAUUUCUAUUAAGAAUGUCUUCAUAUAUAGCGUGACUUUCGGAUGCAAGCAAUCUUAUAUUUGUUGAAUA